AUGCGCGUCCCGUGCACGCCCGUUGCUCGGCUAAACAAUCACCGGGCCUUUGUCAACGGUAUUGCCUGGGCUCCGCACUCUAGCUGCCAUUUGUGCUCUGCAGCUGACGAUUGCCAGGCCUUAAUCUGGGAUAUCCGAUCUAUGCCCCGAGCCAUCGAGGAUCCGAUUCUAGCCUACACGGCCCAGGCUGAGAUCAAUCAAAUCCAAUGGAGUGCCGCUCAUCUUGACUGGAUUGCCAUUUGCUACAACAAUUCCCUCGAGAUACUUCGUGUCUAG